AAGAUUAUCCAAGUGGAAAGCACUACCUAGAAGUUCUCUAUAAAUCUAAAGAAUAUUGGGCAUAUUCAUAUACAGCAUUUAAAUUUACUGGGGGAAUGAUUUCUACAUCUCGUGUUGAAGCUAUGAACGCAUGCCUUAAAAAAUUAUUAUACAAUUCUAAUAAGCUUGCCAUACCAUCACUCAAAAACCUUGAGCAUACGAAUUUUUUAUUCACGAAGGUAGAUAAAUGUUGUCAAGAAUUUUUGACACCUGAAAUUCUAAAUAUACAAUGUGAUGAAAUCAAUCAAUCACUUUAUUACAUUGCAUAUUUGGUUAAUAAGCAAGAUGUACUGUUUUCUGAAGAUCUCAAUGCUACCCUCUCCAAUGAUGAAAAUCAAAUUGCCAAUGAUCCACAAGCCACUAUACAUCAGUUAUUAGGUGUUGUUGACUUUGAUGAUGUUAAUGAAAUAUGGGAGCAAAGAUUUAUGUAUGGGCAUCUUCAUGGUGCAUACAAGGUAGCUUUACAAAAAGCAUUGUCAUCUAAGUCGAAAUCACAAUGUCUCAUCAAAAUUUUACAAGAAUUCACUGAUGAAGAUGAUGAGCCUUCUGAUGGAUCCUCUGAUGAAGAAUAUAGUCAAGAUAACUCUUCAAGUGAUAAGGAAAAUGGUAGUAUUAGUUUACAAAAUCCAAAAAAGCGACGUAACAGAGGAAGACCACUAGGUACGAAAUGUUUUAAAGCGUCUCAUGAAAAUCAAGUUAAUGAAAGGCCAAAAAGAAGAUGCAAAAAAUAUG